CCUUCUCUCUCUCCACUCUGUCACACCAUCCCACAGGCCCUCCCCAUUGCCCCCUUUAAUUGUGUCAUCACAGCUCCUCCUCUCCUCCCACUCGCCGCGUAAAAUGAUUUUUUUUUUCUUCACUGAGAAAUGUUUCCCAGAAAAAAAAAGUCGCACCUCAGCUGGAUGAGGACGCCUGACUCGACACGCUGCUGAGAAGCUCCAGUGUGUGUUUUUGUGUUUUUGUGGGUGUUUUUCUUUGCGCGGUUGGAGACGUGGAGGGUUGCGCGCGACUGCGUGGUCGUGUGUGUGUGUGUGUGUGUGUGUGUUUAGGAAAUGAGGGGGGCGUGUGUUGGAGCUGUGAACACAGCGGUGCAACAGCUGGAUCAGCAGUCCGCCCGUCCCUCCGCGCAGCGCCGCAGGUGAGUUCAACUCGUCUCCUCUGAACUUCAGUAACAGACACACAGACAGACGAUCUGAAGCAGAACGGUGCGCACAUGUGUCACUACAAAGUCCUCAGCCCGCUGGAAACUUCACGGAUGUUGCCACAGGGGUCAUCACAUUAAGUCAGUCUUAGUGGCCAAACGCUCAUGAUGCCUUCACUGUCUGGGCUUGGAUGGACUGCAUACUGUCUCCUUCUGCUCUGGAGGCAAACGUCUGCUCACAGCGUGGAGAUGCGAUGUUCGGCGGCCGCCCCAGUUGGGGAGCUGCACCCCGUUCAGGGCCUGCUGGAGAGGUUCGAGGCCGGUCCGGGCUGCGCCGCCAGAGAGCGUGGGAACAAGGAAACUCACGUCAUCGCAGUGGGGAGGGUGACAAACAGCCCUGAGAACAAGGUGACGGUGCUGCUGAAGCCCUUGUCUUUGUCCCCCUCACCGCUCAGAGCGCCCCGACUGCUGCUCAGCUCCAAGCUCCCAUUCACCUGGUGGCUGGAGGCUGAGCGGCUGCCCCCCAACCUCCCGGUGCUGGUGCAGAUAUCGCCAAACUCCAGCGUACACUCACACAGCCUGGAUCUGCAUGUCCAGGUGGUGCAUUCGCUGCCUUUUCAUCCACGUGCGCUGCACCGCUGGGCUCUGAAACAUCACGGCAGCCUGUCCUCUCUGACACACACCACACAUGGGAAUCGAGUCUACGUCCCGCUGGGAGAAGAUCCCACCCUGCCUGAUGUGUGCCAGCUGCAGCCCAUGUUCCUCUCUCACAACUACAUGACCUCUGACCUGCAGCAACAGGAAGUGCAGGGCUGCACCAACACGCCAGCAGGUGGGGACAACCCUGAGGUCCACGUGAUCAAGCUCCAUUCGGCGGGCUCGGGGCUCUGUGGCUCUCUCCAGGUGGAGGUGAUUGUCUCUCUUGUGCCCCUGGUGGCCAACUCAAAGACCCAGAAGGUUGUGCUGAUUCUCAGCAGCUCAGCGCCAGUCAACUGGGCCAUAGUUGCUCAUGGUGUCCGAGGUCAUGUCUCUGUUCAUUCCUCUAACAGUGUGUCCCCACCCUUCCCGCCUGAGCCCGACCUGACCCUGUCCAGCGUACUCAGCCCUGACCUGUCCACCAUACCUGAUCUUCUCAUGUGGGCCAGAGAGAGCGGCUACACCAGGGUGACCUCAUACACUGAGGCUGACCUGGCCAAUCGCUUCGUGAUCCAGCUGGCCGGGGGCGGGACAGACGCGGUGGCUGUGAUGAAUCCUCUGGUUGUGAGGCCUCUCUGGGCGGAGGAGCGCAGGCUGAGGCAGUGGCUGAACGGUGGAGGCCGAGCAGGAGGAGGAGGAGGCCGAGAGAGUUUCACAGUGCAGUGUGAGGACGGACGCCUCAGCGUGACCGUGGAGCAGCACAUCCUGCAGAGCUUGUCUGUCCCGGUGGCUUCAGUGACUCUCCGAGACUCCUCGUGCCAGGCUCAGUCCAAUGGGAGCCAUUUCCUGUUGGUGUUCCCAGUCAUUUCCUGUGGGACUGAGGGUCUUCUCCUGAGACAGCCCAGACGAGUGCAGUACAAAAACAUGGUGUUGUUGUGGAGAGACAAGCCUCAGACCGUUCUGGCACUCAGUGAGACCGAAAAGAAGUCCACAAGGCCGCUCGGCAUACAUUUCACCUGUUUGGCUGCAGUCCCAGCCUUCACCGGCCCUGCUGAUGGUGUUGAUGACGUAAACGCUUCGCAUGCUGGGCCGGUCCCCUGGGCACCAGACGGCCCAGGGCCUGAUCCGGGACCGAGCCACCCACCGACACCCAGACACAGAUCCGGGCCUGCUCUUGUUUUGAGGCUUUUUGUCACUGAGAACUACGAGCAGAGACGGAUCGGCCCCUGCGUAGUGACCGCAGACCACCGUGUCUAUGCUGAGAUUUCCGCCAAAGGGCCCUUCGUAGAUGUCCUGGAGGUGAACUCCUGUGUGGUGUCUCCUGUGUCGGACCCGAAAAAGUCUCGUUUCUGGACUGUCAUAAGCGGCGGCUGUUCCUCUGACCCCUCGCUGACGCUUGAGCUAAAAGAUGAGGAGGAAGAAGAGGCCGAAAGUGAUGGUGAACUUGAAGAGGAAAAGGAAGAGAUGGAGCAACUGGAAAAAGUCUCAUUCCGACACGGUGUUGACAGAGGAGCAAGAGAAGCUCCAGCAAGGAGCAGCACACAUACGAGAGCAGAGCAGGAGACGCGGUCGGUGAGAUUUAGUUUCAUCCUGCGGCCAGUUUACAAUGACUCCAUGCAGUUCCUCCACUGCAGCCUUCGCCUGUGCGUCUCCGACUCAAGAAGAGGGGAACCCAUCAAGGAGACAGUAAAGACGGGCUGUGAGGACGGGAUACGAAUCCCUCCACUCGUAUCGAGGUCACGCAAACAUCAGUGUGAGGUCAGAAACCUCUCCAGGCCCAUGGUGGUCACCCAGCCUCUCAGUUCACUGGCACCCAAACUACUGAUGCCCCCUGCUGGCCAAAGAACCAAGAGACUGAGCGUCUCCCCGGUGGCCAGUUCAGACCCGGAGCAAAGCGGCUCUGUGGUGCAGACAGGAACGCUGAUGGGCGUUGUCUUCGCUGCCUUCGUGAUGGGGGUCAGUCUGAUGGCGGGUCUGUGGUGUAUCUAUCAUCAUACAGCGGCACACUCAGCAUCACUUGCAGAAGGUUGUUUAACGGACCAGACUCGCGAGGUCCAAAACAUCUGGACUCCACCUUCACCAUCUGAUCAGUCCUCCAGUUCAGUGUAGAGGAUUUCCUCCCUGCAAAUCUGAGAAAGGAGGACUGGGACAAAAGUUUUCACAACUUUGUGUGUGUGUGUGUGUGUGUGUGUGUGUGUGUGUGUGUGUGUGUGUGUGUGUGUGUGUGUGUGUGUGUGUGUGUGUGUGCGAGCGCGUGUGUGCAUGCGUUUGUGUGUGUGUGUGUGUGCGUUUGUGUGUGCAUGUGUGCGUGCGUGCAUGCGUGCGUGUGCAGAAUCUGUUGUGCAGUUCUCCCCGCGAGUAUCACUGUGCAGCAGAAAUGCAAGGUGACUGAAACCUUGUGAAUACAGUAGCACCUACUCAUCGCUGCAUUGUGACAAGUCAGAUGUUUGAUUCAAAGUGAAACGUUGUUUGUUUGAUGCUGCACGCUAUCCUACAUCAAGUCAGUUCAUGAUUGGAUGGAGUGACUCAAACAGAAACCCCACUGGUGUCACUUUUGGAGACAGAACACAAGGUCAGAGAUCAACUGAGAGGUGACUCUGUGUGCCCGUUUGAAGAGCUGAUGUUUUACAGAGUCAUUCUCUCUAUUAGUGUUGUAACUGUGAAUCAGCUGGAUGUCAAAACUGCAUGUGUUUUUUUCUGUCUGUGAAUUAUGGUGUGUUCAUGCAGUAAACAAGGUGUAUUAAAAGAUCUCAAAGCCA